AUGUUAUGUCCUUGCGCUGCACAUGCUUUGAAAAACAUCAAUGUUCACGUCCAAUGGGUGCCUGAUGGAUCAGGUUGUGAAUGGCUACAUAACUACAGCCAGGCUCUUACACCCUUUCCCCCCUUGUCUUUUCUGCCUCGUACAGACUGGUGCUAUGCCCUUCUUGAUAUGCGGUUGGAACUCGACAUUGAUCACCUUCCCCAUAUCUUUAUCUUGUACCAAUUCCUUGCUGCUGUCACUGCCGAUCCCGAGCCUCACGAGUGGAUUGAGUCCCUUGAUGUUUCAAUGGACAAGCCUGCGGGAGACUUGGUGAUGGAUGAGGUAUACCAGAGCAGGUAUACCAGAGCUUUCUCAUAUCUGAAGCCCGUCGACUCAAAUACACUCUGUUGUGGGAUUCCAAAAAUUCUGGAGCCAGUGUUUCCACCACUGAAGUGGGACUGA